AUGCAGACACUGUCCCAAGACCUGCCUCAGUUUGACAACAGGCAGCUGCCGGUCCCGUCCCGCUUGUGUGUUCCCAGUAGGACGUCCGAGGGUGCACUGGUCAUCAAACGGACGACGCAGUGGGUAAACAAAGCUACUGUGAUCUGCACGGGGUCUGGGGGACUCCUGCUGGGACGUCUGGAGUGGGGCAGAGAGAGGGGGGAUCGAGAGGACUUAGCCACAAGUGCCCAGAACAUACAAAGGCUAAUCUUUUACACGCUGGAAGAAUGUCCUCACUCACGGAAACCCAACCUGCCCCUGAUCCUUCCCAGCGUCGCACUUCCUGCCUGUGCGGCCCUUCACUGUGACAAAAGCGUAUAG